CAAAGAAUACAAAGUGGUAAAAGUCAAACAAAACGAAGGCGAAAAUAAAAAAAAAACGAAAAUAUCAAUUAUUAAUAAUUGUUCCAUAGAAAAAGAAGUUCAACAUUCAUUACUAAACAAAACAUCUUAUUAUAUGAUUUUUUGUUGCUUUGAUGCGAUAACCAUAGAUAAGAGAACGUAAAAAUUUUAAAAUACUUAAAAAUAAUAUACAUUUAUCGGCAAAUCGAGCGAGUCAAUCAAUAUGUCACAGGAAGAGGCUACACCUGUUAAUCCAAAUGAUUUGAAAGACCUAAAGGAACGAAUGAAGUUAAUAGUAGACGCCGACCCAAAGCAAUAUCAUAAUGAAUAUUCAUUAAAACGCUAUUUAAGAGCAUUUAAAACAACUGAUGAAGCAUUUCAAGCUCUACUUAAAACCAACAGAUGGCGCGAACAAUAUGGAGUUGAAAAUUUGGAAAAUCUGCCAGAUUUACAGAAACACAGUAAUAAAGCUCGAGUUUUAAGACAUCGUGAUUGCAUAGGUCGGCCUGUUAUUUAUAUACCGGCCAAAAACCAUAAUUCCAGCGACCGUGAUAUAGAUGAAUUAACGAAAUUCAUUGUUAAAUGUUUGGAAGAGGCCUGUAAGAAAUGUUUUGAAGAAGUCACCGAUAAUCUAUGCAUUGUGUUUGAUUUGGCGGAAUUUAAUACAUCCUGCUUGGACAUGCAAUUAGUAAAGAAUAUGAUUUGGUUGUUGAGUAAGCAUUACCCGGAACGUUUGGGCGUGUGUCUCAUAGUCAACUCUCCGGGCCUCUUUUCUACCAUCUGGCCAUUAAUUCGUCAAUUAAUUGAUGAUAAUACAGCAAAGAAAGUUGUAUUUGUAAAUGAUGAGAUUGAUUUGUGCAAAUAUUUAAUACCUGAUAUUUUGCCCACAGAUAUGUAAAGGAAACAACAAAAACAAGGUUAUUUGUAUUAAUAGCAGAGCUUUUAAAGAAUGAGUAUAUCUUCAACGUAUAUGUUGAAUUGUAAUAAAUACCUACACAUGUGAAUUCAAAAGAAUUUCAUUUGCUAAAGUUUUCCGUUAUUGACACUGUAGUACCUAUAUGAUUAGUCACUGCUUAAUCGUUUAGUUUAUUAUCAUCUAUAUUUGGAUUAUUUUAUUUAUUUUCUUUAUUUUAUACUCGAUUCAUUCAUUCGCUUUUCUAAUAGUUUCUAUUAAUUUUUAUUAUCAAUUAAACAUUCCUUAAAAUCUCUGACUUACACUAAAGUACAUGCAAUAUGCUACAAUAUUGUUUUUCUUGUUUCUAACAAUAUACAUACAACCAGUUUUGUACCUUAAAUAAUCUACAUGUUUCAUGCUAAAACUUAACGCAUUCCCAUAUUUGAAAUAGAGAUUAUGUAGAAACCUAACUAAUAACAUAAUUAUAUAUAUAUAAAGCAAAAGAUCCCCGUAUAACAACUAAACCAAGAACUGAUUUACUCAGUAAAAUUACUUUAAAGCGUCUGUAAUCUAAUCUAUGUGUGUAUCUACAUAAUAAUAUUAUUGUAUUUGUUUGUAUGUAUGUUUAUAGAUGUAUCUAUAUUAAAAUAUAUUUGUUAUCUAUAUAUUAUAUGAAAAAAAAAUAACUAUUGAUGUUUAUUUGUGUAAUAUUUAGUUUGGACAUAUUUGUGCAAUAAACUGCUUUUAAUGAGUGCAACAACAAUGUUAAAAUUAAAAAUAAAUAUAAAAUUUUAAAAACAAAUAUGAAAAA